GCUGGCAAAACGGUUGCACAGCGACUGCCGGUGUUCAUUGCCCGACGGCCGCUCUCGCUAUUCCACCGACACCCCCGGAACGACUCUGUUGCAUGCGGUUUUCCUGGAGACGUGUCACUUCCCCCUGGAUGUUGGUCCACUGGUAGAAUUGCCAUGCACCGAUUUCGUUUUUGAACUGUUCAUAUUGCUAUUGUUACUAUCCGUCGUCGGUUCGGCCGAUCGUACGCGUCGGUUUGUUUUUUUUUUUCCGGCUUUAUUUAUUUACCUGUUUUUUUAUAGUAUUUCCGGUCAACGCGAACGAUCUACCGGCAAGAGGAGGCAUUUUCCAUCCGAAUCCGUGGACGACUGGACCGAGGUUUAAAAGUGCAGCAAUGUAAUGGAAAAAGAUGGUGAACGGUACGAUGAAUCCAUACCGUCCGGCCCGGCACACCAACACGCCGGUGAACAUUCAAAAAAAUGGAAAUUAAACCGUGGGGACGUACGCGGUUCGAGUCGUGGUCCCAGCCGGAGUUCCUACAGGAAUUAUUAUUGUCGCCGGCGGGGAGAGGAGGUAAUGCUGUUGGAGCCGAUCCGAUCCGACCAGGUCCGAUACCUCGUUGGACUUAACGGCUCGCCAAGCAUACAAGUGUUCCGUCCGUCCCAGUACCAAUCGAAGUCGAAAUAGUGAAAAAUCCAUCUUUUGCUGAUAUCAAAUAUGUCCGUUGCUUCAGUUAUUUUUGCGGUGUUCUGUGAUCUUACAGAAAUCCAUAUGUUGUUGGCGGUUUAACUACAUGCACCAUGUAAUCUCAUAAAUUAAUUUCAUUGAAAAAGUUUCUAGUUUUUAGAUGGAGGAGCAAACGGUCAACAUUUCCACGGUCGGUCCGCCGGACAACUGGACGACGGUGAUGUCGACCGAGUUUGCGCCGGUCCUGUCGCCGUUCGAACCCUGGCAAAUGGUCAUCAUCGUCACGGUCGUCGGUAUCUGUAUGAUAUUGACCAUUACCGGCAACAUACUCGUGCUGGUGUCGUUCAUCGUCGACCGGACCAUACGGCAACCGAGCAACUACUUCAUCGCGUCCCUCGCCGCCACGGACAUGCUCAUCGGCACAGUGUCGAUGCCGUUCUACUGCGUUUACAUUCUGCAAGGAUAUUGGGACCUGGGACCUUUGUUGUGCGAUCUCUGGCUGUCCGUCGACUACACCGUGUGCCUAGUGUCCCAGUACACGGUGCUGCUGAUCACCGUCGACCGGUUCUGCUCGGUUAAAAUAGCCGCCAAAUACAGGAGCUGGCGGACCAAAGACAAGGUCAUGUGGAUGGUGGUGCUCACCUGGAUCAUACCAGCGCUGCUGUUCUUCACCAGCAUAUUCGGAUGGGAACACUUUGUGGGCUACCGCGAUCUGUUGCCGGGCCAGUGCGCCGUGCAGUUCCUCAAGGACCCGGUGUUCAACACGGCGUUGAUCAUCGGCUACUUCUGGACCACGUUGAUCGUGCUGUUCGUGCUGUACGGCGGCAUCUACAAGGUGGCGUACGAGAUGCAGAAAAAGAGCGAGGCCAAACAACGGAAAAUGCAGUCCAUGGUGGCCUUGAGCGCGGGAACGGUGUCGGGCAUGGCCGGGCACGCUGCCGGCAUCGGCAUGUCCAAGACGCAGAGCACAUUGCUCGUGCAGGAAAAACCGGCACAGGCGCAGGGAACAGCGAAGCCGUCGAGCGCGGGAGUCGGAACAACGACGUCGGAACAGGCUGCCGCUGGCGACUACGAAUCGAUGCCGCCGACCGAAGACAAACAUCAAGCCACCGCCGUUGUGGUCGUCGACAAGGAGAGGUCGAGCAGCCCCGCGUUUGAGUCUGACGAAGAAAGCACUACUGGUGACAAGCAGAUCAACUGGCCCAGGAAAAAAUCCGUCGCCGAACUCAUCGUCCAGUCGGCACUGGUGCAACGUUCUAAUAGCGGCAUCCAUUUGUCACCGUCCGACAAUCUCAUACCGUACGGUUCUGAGUCGCAACAAGCGCAUGCCCAAAUCAUAAGGUCUUACUCCAAUACUGCCGUCAACUCGGACCGGGCGUAUUCAUCGCCGCCGCCCCCUCCGACACCUGUGUCCAAUGGCCAACAGUCGGACCGAUGUAGUCUGUUGACAUUUCAGCGACCGCCAGCCGAGAUGGGCAACGGUCACGUGGACGCCCUGGUCGGCAUGGACACCGGCGAACUAAACUUCAUGGACGAGAGUUCGAUAAUUGUAGGAUCGCCCACGUUCGAGAGUCCGACCAGUAGCAGUUCCAUGUACGACUCGUCGUCGGCACAAUGCUCGCCGGCACACGGAACGUUCGCGUCAUCUUCGCUGCUACAGGCGGCACUCAUUAGGGCGGCGGCCGCGCAACAACAACAGCAACAGACGACGUCUGUGACCAAGGUGAACACGGCAGUGACGAUGGACGACAGGGCCAGGAUGACCACCACGGUUGUGACGGCCACAGACGACAUGGGGUCCGCCGUAGUGGACAAGUCGUCGUCGGAGACCACCAAGAGCGAGAAGAGGGAAGGUAGUUCCCGCGGCGACUUUGUUCGGACUCUUGGCAAGCGGCUGAAGGCGAAGCGGCCCAAAGUGUCUGGCCGGCAAAAGUCCAAGUCGGAGAACAGGGCGCGCAAGGCGUUCCGAACGAUAUCGUUCAUACUCGGCGCGUUCGUGGCCUGCUGGACGCCAUACCACAUACUAGCGCUGAUCGAGGGUUUCUGUUCGAAGCCGCCGUGCACCAACGAACGGCUGUUCCUGUUCUCUUAUUUCCUGUGUUACGCCAAUAGUCCCAUCAACCCCUUCUGCUACGCUCUGGCCAACCAUCAGUUCAAAAAGACACUGACCAGAUUAAUGCGGGGCGACUUUCAUAUAUCAUAAGAAACCUAUUAUUCUUGACGACUCUUACACCAGCACAAAUUAAAACUGAUCUCCAUCCCUUCCCAAACCAUAACAUAUCCGAAACCUUUCAAAUGGCAUCACGGAAAAAUUUCUAUUGAUUUUUAGACCGUCCAGGAAACUCAACAGGCACUUAUAAAUGUAAGUCCUCGUGCAGUGCGAGAUCCCACAUCACCUAGAUCUUUAGGAAAUAGUAAAAAUAUUUAUUAUCUUUGACAAGCACGUCAGCUUUAAAAAAAACCGAAACAUUUACUUUCAAUAAUGUUUGGGUUUAAAGCAUAACCGCCUGCUAAAAAAAUUUAAAAAAACCAUAGCUUAUUCAAUAAAAAUGUCCAAAUCAAGCUUAAGCAUAUUUUAAUUAAAACUCGUAUAUUUUUAAGUUAUAUCUUAAAAUUAACAUUAUGCUACUUACAUAUUAUAUAGUAGACGAAAUUAUCCACACUAGUUUUUGUACUAUGGUUAUGCUUUUCAUCUAAUCGGUAAGGCACAAGCUUAGAAGUACAACCCUUGUUUUUUACUACCCCUUAUCAUUUGUGUAACGAGAAUAAACAUUUUUGCUAUGACCCUCUUUUUUUAAGCGCAAUAAUAUUAUAAUUCAUUUUCGUGCCAAGAUUUUAAUUUUUUUUUUUUUGUGUAUACAAAAAUACCUUCACAUUAUGAUUAUAGUCGACAAGACAGAAUGAGAACGAUUUAGCUACACAAUUCCGUCACACGUUAAUACCCUCGGACCAUCCUUACCGUUAUUUAUUUACAUCUAACAUGUGUGUCUGCCUAUCUAGGAUAAUAACUCUGUAAAAAGAAUUUAAAAAAAAGAUUCUAUGUAAAUAAUGUGUAUGUAUAAUAUAUUUAACGUCACAACUGUAACCGGAUUUUGUUCGUCAAUUUCCAUGUUUACUUAAAUAAUCAAAAAUGUUUGUUUAGUACGGUAAGCUUUAAUCAUUAUGAGCUUUUUUUUUUUUUUGUAAGCGUGUAUUGUAAAUAUUGCAUUGUGUAUGUAAGAACAGGGUAACAUCCAUACUGUAAAUUUUGUUAAGUGUAUCAUAUGUAUUCCAUGAUUAUGUUUUUUAUAUUACUAUUAUAAAAAACCAAUGUGAUAUCCAGUAAUGUUUAGGUAAGCAUCGCGACAAUAUAUACUGAUACUAGUAAAUUACUUUGUUCAGUUAAAAAAAAAAUAAUGUGUAAAGCUUGUUUUCAAAAAUAUUGUCUUAAUUUGGUUGAUAAAACAAAAACGAAUCCGGUUCACGGAUUAAUUGAGCCCUAAUCCGUCAAUGGCAUUCGUUUUUUUAUGAUUUUUAUUUAUUUAGUUUAUAGACCU